AUAAACCAAAAAGUGAACCCCAUUAUCAUGUUUUACUGCUCUGUUAUUCCCAAAACCGAUACUCUCUUUGAAAAGCAUCCAUUUUUCAUUUCCCAUUUCCCUCUCUCUCUCUCUCUCUCUCAUAAGAACGAACCCUAACACGCGUUUUCUGUUCAAUCCAACAAACCUCAGAUCAGUGAAGAACAUGGCACCAAUCUUCACUUCACUUUCCCUUUUCGGAAUUCCCCUAAUCCUAACCCUAACCCUAACCCUAACUCACUUCGCACAUGCUAAUUCUGAAGGAGACGCUCUAUACACACUCAAACGAAGCCUCACCGACCCUGAUAAUAUCCUCCAGAGCUGGGAUCCGACCCUAGUCAGUCCUUGUACUUGGUUCCAUGUCACCUGUAACCAAGACAAUCGGGUCACUCGAGUGGAUCUUGGUAAUUCUAACCUAUCUGGACAUUUGGUACCUGAACUUGGGAAGCUAGAGCAUCUGCAGUACCUCGAGCUGUACAAAAACAACAUUCAAGGAACUAUUCCUCCAGAGCUUGGAAACCUCAAGAGCCUUGUUAGCUUGGACUUGUAUAACAACAAUAUAUCGGGAACCAUCCCACCUUCAUUGGGGAAAUUGAAGAAUCUCGUCUUUUUACGACUUAACGAUAACCGUCUAACUGGCCCGAUCCCCAGGGAACUCAUUGCUAUUUCAAGCCUUAAAGUAGUGGAUGUCUCCACCAAUAACUUAUGUGGUACAAUUCCUACCUCCGGGCCAUUCGAGCAUAUUCCAUUGAAUAACUUUGAGAAUAACCCUCGCUUGGAAGGUCCAGAGUUGCUGGGACUUGUAAGUUACGACACAAACUGCUCGUGAGUAACACGAUGCUGUAGGAUCUCAAUCCAUGUUGAGUUAAGUGUAUUCUAAAAUUGGAGUGUAUUAUGUGAUAGUGUAAUGGGGUGUGGUGUAUAUGUAAAUUUACAUACCGAAGAACAUCGGCAUUUGUAACAGUAUUAUGAUCUUCCACUGAAGUUGAUGUCUUGAGUAUCUAUUGAUGUAAAAUACUAGAAAAGAAAACAACUUGGUCACUGAUAAAAUGUGACACAAUAGUAAUGUUUGUUAGUUCCUAUCCA